GAAAAAAUAGUAUUAAUUGUAAAAUUGAAUGUAGGGCAUAAAAUGAUAUUUUCAGAUUUGAGUCUUGUAUUAGUGAUUUUACUAGUUCUUUUAAUAUUUUGGGUUAGUCACUCUAGAGAUAAGAGACUAGUAAUUUUUUCGAAGCUUCAAUCAGGGCCGACACCCUUGCCCUAUAUAGGAAAUGUUAAUGUUUUAUACAAACAAAAUUUAAUUGAAGGCUUACUUGCUCUGAAGAAACAAUUUUCAUUUCCUUGCAAUUUUUGGGUCUACAAUGAUUACUAUUAUAUAACGGAUAAUCCAGAAGAGAUAAAAUCGUUUCUCUUGAAUACCACUAAGAGUUUUCGGAAAACCCCUUUCUAUGAUGACCUGAUAAAAGUGAUGAUGAAAGAUAGUUUUGUUCUAUUGGAUAAUGUCGAAGAAUGGAGACAUCAUAGAAAACUAGCAAACAAGGCAUUUGCAUCAUCCAUUUGGUACAAAUAUACUCCAGUUUUUCACAAAACUGCCAUAAAAUUAAAUAAAAAAUUACAAGAUAUCAAAGAAUCUGUGACGCUAUUGGAAGUACUAAGCAGAUACUCAUUCGAUACGUUUAUGGAAAACUUUAUGGGUGUCAAUAUUAAAGAUGAAUCGACAGAAAAUGAGCUAGUAAAAGCCCUUACAAGAAUGUUGAAUAUCACUUUUCAGCGAACAUUAUUUAAUAGAACAAUUCCUCACUGGGCUUACAAGUAUUUGACCAUCGAAGGAAGGCAGUUUUACAAAGAGUUCACCUUCAUUAAGAAAAGAUUAAAAUUCUUAAUUGACAAAAAAAGAAUUGAGCUUCAACAAAAAUCUGAAAACGCUGACUAUCUGCUUCAAUUACCACUAGUAGAAACACUUAUUUUAAAAGAAGAAUCAGACUUUUCCUUAGAUGAAGUAGUUAACAUGAUGAUGCUAUUAUAUGUUACAAGUAUUGACACAACGGUUUUAACAUUAUUUUACACAUUAAUGCAUUUGGGAACGCAUGCAGAAAUACAGGAUAAAGUACUUCAAGAAAUACUGGAUAACGUUGGUUCUGAAGGAGAAAUCGAAACCAAAGACCUAAGCAAUUUAAAAUAUCUUGAACAAUGUAUAUUUGAAACUCUUAGACUUUAUCCCAUUGUACCUGUAACUGGUAGGCACUUAACAGAUGAUAUGAUCGUUGGAAAAAAACAUUUUCCUAAGGGUGCAAACAUUUUGAUUUCGCCAUUUCUUGUGCAUCGUAAUGAGGCAUAUUGGAAAGAUCCAGAAACAUUUGACCCGUCCAGAUUUUCCGCCCAAAAAGAGAUGGAAUUGGGAAGCUAUUUGCCAUUUUUAGUUGGACCAAGAGAUUGUCCAGGCAGAUACUACGCAGUGGCGCAAGUGAAAAUAAUGGUGGCAAAUAUACUAAGACAGUACAAAAUUAAGGUGGAUCCGAAGGUUUUGAAAACAAUUAAGUUUAACUAUUAUAUUAUUAUCAAGCCAAAAAUCAAAUUUGAUAUAGAGUUCUUACCUAGAAUUUAAAAUGUAAAAUUUUUAAGAAAAUACAAGAAGAUUUUCAAUAAAA